AUGGACUCUAGUUUAUUAUUUCCCAUAGUUAUCCUAACUUCUAUUCUAUUUCUCUAUUAUUACAAUCGAUAUGAAAUCGCAUUUCCAGAACUCACUGAUAAAGUUGUGUAUAUUGAAAAUGUAUCGGUUCAUGAGAAAAUAGAAUUUGCGAAAUGCCGUGUCGAAAUUUGGAAUAACAAAACGACGUGGGAAAUUCCGCGUAUCGAAACGCUUAAAUUGCUGGCUAAACCGGGUGUGACGCAAAGUGCAACUACGGUACGUACCGAAGCUAUAUUCUAGGCUGAAGCUUGCGCUUAGGCCCGAUUCAGGCCUAUGACAUAAGCCAAGCCUAGACCCACACCUUUUUAUUUUGCAAAAAGCAAAAUAGUGUGAGAGUGCAGAGAAAACGUGAGAAAUUAUCAGCAGGGCGACGUUUCAUUAUUUAUUUUAUUUUCUUCUUUUUUUUCGAAAACCUUUUUUUGGUUUUUUUUGUUUUUCAGGGUUUUUGGGGAUGAUUUUUGUUAUUUUCGAUUGGAAAAUGAUGUUUUUGACUUGUGAAGACUAUGCUCAAGUAGAAAACGGUGAAAACUUGGAGAGAAAACACCAACAUCAAUCGAGCAAUCAUUCUAACACCUUUCUCUUAAUAAAAAGUUAUAUUCUGAAAAAAAACUGAUUUUGAACAUGAAUCUUUCAAAAUCCGAGUAAAGAGUGUUCUAUUUGGAAAAUACAAAAUCUAAUUCAUAAUUUCAUGAUUCCGUUGCUUGUAAUUCAGGCGAGGCCCUCGGCAGCUUCACACAAAUCUCACAUAUUCUUAUUUCUUUGGUGUUCGACUCGACAUAAAAUCAAAGUUUUUAAGUAUAAAAAGAUAACGAAUAGAAAGAUUCUUCAACUAUGCUUAUGAAUUCCAAUUUUGAUGAAAAAUGGUUUAAAAACACAUUCUCAAUCAAUAUUCUCACCCAUACAAGUCAAACACAUCAUUUUCCAAUCAAAAAUAACAGAAACCAUACCCAUAAACACAGAAAAGCAAUAGAAAACUGAAAAAAACGGUUUUUGAAUAAAAAGAAGACAAUAAAAUUAAAAAUGAAAUGAAUAAUGAAACGUCGCCCUGUUGAUAAUUUCUCACGUUUCUCUGAACUCUCUCACUAUUUUGUUUUUUGCAAAUUUCUAUUGACGUGAAAUGAUGUGGACCAGGCCUAAAUUUUGGUUUUUUCAGGAGGGCUUGAGUGACGGGCAACUUCGCCUCGUUUCCGCCUUCCUCUAUGAAGAUGAGAUUGUCGUGACAACCACCAGACAAAGGCCUGCGCAAACUGGGUGAGUCCGGAAAUUUCUGUACAGUUUUUCACGCAUUUUGUACAGUUUUUCAACCAUUUUUUUUUAAAAAUCGCGUUUUUGAGAACCCGUAAAUCAUGUUAGAAAGUAUUUUAUCAAAAUCAGAGUACAGGGAGAUGUUCAGGAAGGUUGAUUUAGCGAAAAUUCUACACUUUUGGCUCAUUUUUGGGCUCUUUAGAGAGUUGCUCAGCAAAAACUGAAAAUGAGAUCUCUCUCAGCGUGAAAAACUGUACAGAAACAUCUGAAAAUCUCACAAAACAUCAACUUUUUCUUCCGCAGAACUCCCGUGUAUUGCCGAUAUUUCGAUUGCAAUCGUGUUGAGAUCCCAGGCUCAAUAUACAAAUCAUUCUUUAUGCCACUAACUUCAGUUCACUGCCUCCGAAAAUCUGGAGCAAGUUUUAUUUCCUUAAGCUUAUCGGACGACAAGCCCCAAUCGCCAAUUCCAUUAACCCACAGGCUUUUCAAACAACCUCCCAAUGAAUUAGGAGUGUGUGCUGGACAAAUCUAUGGAUUAGACAAAAAAUGGAUGCAGAUCGCUGAAUUCGUGGAACAUCACAAAUUAAUCGGAGCGACAAUGUUCUAUUUUUCGGUUUUUGAAAUCGAUGGAAUGACUCGAAUGCUAUUAGAUGAAUAUGAGAGAAGUGGAUUUGCAGAGGUUUCAAUAAUCAAUACAGAAUACACGGGUACAGCAGCAAUGUUGAGGCAUAUGGUGCAGAUUCAUGAAUGUUUUUAUCGCGCGAGACAACAUUCAAAAUGGCUGCUAAAUAUUGAUCACGACGAAUUUCUGAUGCCCAGAGAAAAACCAAUUCUAACAUAUAUUCGAAGUUUAGGAGAUCAUGUUGCUGAAUUAGUAUUUACUAUGAGAAGAAUCGCAAAAUUCAGGGAUUCUAUUGAAGUUUACCAUAACAUUAAGGAAGUUUCCAGCGAUAUUCAAGCAGUCAAUUAUAAUUUGACACAUUCUCCAAGUUAUCAAUCACCAAAAGUGAUGAUUCGACCGGAUAAAGUGAAUAUGAUGAUUGUACAUUGGUCGUAUGGUAUGGAGCCUGGUUAUAAAGUGCAUGCGGUGCCUGCCAAUAUAGCAACUCUCAAUCACUAUCGUACGAUUUCUCCCAAAUUUCUAUGGUCCGAUUUUGUGGCGAAAUUGAUUAAGCAAGAUGUCAAGUUUAUGCAUUUCACGUUGCAGAAGGAAUAUUUGAAGAGAUUGCGGGAAAAUGUGGCGCAAGUUGUUGGUUAUGUUUUUGAGAAGCACGAUGUGACGUGUGAGAAUAUUCCCGAACCUAUACAAAAGUACACGAGACCCUAUUUGAAGAAGAUGAAAAUUUGCGAAUAA